CGCCCCUCCCCGUCUCUGGGAACCCUGUAUGCUCGCGCGCGAGUUUAUUGCCUCAAGCUAGCAUUGAUAGCUCAAAAAUAACGACUAACAACGUUGGAAAUGCAGUCGUACAGUUUUUAGUCAGACGCCAAGUCGAACGAGGAAAAUGAAUAUCUGGUCGUGUACAAGCCAGGCAGCAGAAUGGCGUGUGGAGUGAGACUUUGGCACGCCCAUUUCAAUGAUAGAUAAGGGGGAAACCUCCUUGAUUGGGGGACAGAGCCGCGGUCCCAGCCUCCUGGCUGACUGGGAUGUUGGUGCGUCAGGGCGCGGAGAGGCUGCUCACCUGCUCACACAGGUGCAGCGGACAGACUGUUCAUCUACUCCAGACGGACGCUGUCGUCAGCACGCACGCAGAGCGCGCCGUAAAGCAGACGUCCACCCGCCCGUCCUCCCGGGACAGUUGAAAUGCACCGUUAACGCUUCGGUGGGACUUCCUGUCGGACUCUGAGAUGAACGUCAAGUGGACAGUGGAAAGAUUUCUUCUCAUGUCCUUUUCAGUCUCCCACUUGCUGUUACUUGAGGGAGCUCAGAGUCACCUUUCACUGGCAGUGGGGAAAUCACAGAGAAGGGCUAAUGCACUUCGGAGGAAACGGGAUCUCCUCGGGGAGGAGACAUAUAGACCAUUGGUGUCAGAAGACACCCUAUCACGCAACAUUUUGCACAACUACACAGCUAGAGAUGCAUCUUCAGAGUAUUGUGGUUGCCUCAAUGGUGGCUGGUGUCAGGAGAGUGGCGUUUGUGACUGUGCUCAGUUCCAGGCUUUGGGAGAUCGCUGCCAGAUCAUACCUAAUCAGGGCCAAGACAGAGACGGGAUCUGCAGGUCAUGGGGCCAGCACCACUAUGAAACUUUUGACGGCAUCUACUUCUACUUCCCUGGAACCUGCUCUUAUGUUCUGGCCCAGGACUGCCACUCAACCACACCUCAGUACACAGUUUGGGUUCAUAACAGUAGGUCAUGUGAGGACAGUGUGUAUUCGUGUCCCAGAGCGCUCAGUCUUUUCUUCCCAAAUGAGGAAGAGAUUCACAUCUCUGGGUAUCAGGUCCAUCAAGGAGGACGCAGGCUAAGUUUGCCUCAGACUGUCGGCGGGGUGUUCAUAGAGCGCCUGGCGGAUUAUCUGCUUGUGAAGAGUGUGUUCGGCUUCUCUUUGGCCUGGGACGGAAGCUCGGGGGUCUACUUGAAGAUGAGCGAAGAACACCAGGGGGCUCCGUGUGGCCUGUGUGGGAAUUUUAACCACAUCCCUGGCGAUGACCUCACCACCGCUCGGGGCAUUCGAACAGAUGAGCCAGCGGUGUUUGCUAACAGUUGGGCUGUGGACCUUCCUCACGAGCGAGCAUGUCCUUCUGUAGAUCUGGAAUUCAACGGCCCCUGCCAAUCUGAGUCGGACAUGGAUGACGCCAUUGAAAAAUGCAGCGCUCUUCUCUUCUUUCCCUUCCUGUCAUGUCAUGAAAACAUUGAUCCAAAUCCCUUUGUUGCGAGCUGUGUCUCUGACCUCUGUGUGUCUGAUGAUGAGGAAACAUUUUGUCACGCUUUGGUUGAAUACACCAGAGCUUGCUCACAUGUUGGAUAUCCAGUCAGAGAGUGGAGAGACAGCUUCCCUUCAUGCAACGAUGGCUGUGAAGAGAGUUUUGUGUACAGAGACUGUAUCAGCUGCUGCCCACCCACCUGUACCUUUGAGAAAGAAUGUCUAGGAACAAACCUGCAUUGUUUGGAUGGUUGUUACUGCCCCGAUGGCCUCAUCUUACAAAACGGGACUUGCAUCGCGGCCUCUCAGUGCCCCUGUGUUUACCAUGGUACCUCGUACAUACAAGGACAGGUGCUCCAGCAGGGUUGCAGUGUUUGCGUGUGCAUGGGAGGCGUUUGGAACUGCACUGAGAAUAACUGCACAGCCGAGUGCACAGUUGCAGGGGAUGUGUUUGUGACCACGUUUGAUGGCAGGAUGUUUCUCCAGCCCGGGGCGUGUCAGUAUGUGCUGGCAAAGAGCCGCAGCAGCAACAGAUUUACCGUCACAUUGCAGUAUACAACAUGUUCAGAGCAGCAGGUGUGUAUUCAGUCAGUAACAGUGGUGUUGGAUGAAGAUGUGAGUCAUCAGAUCACCCUGACAAGAGAGGGGGAUGUCAUAAUCGGUGUGAACCAAGCCCCCGCCCUGCCCUACAUCGAUGAUGCGGUUGAGGUGCGCAGGCUAACGUCUGUGUUCACACAGCUGAAGGCGGGCAUCGGGUUGAGGUUGCACUACGACGCUCGAGGGGGCCGUCUGUAUUUGCAGCUCGACAGCCACUGGCACGGACAUACUUUGGGGCUUUGCGGGACCUUCAAUGGCAAUCUUCGAGACGAUUUCCUGUCUCCUGCAGGAAUGAUCGAGGGCACUCCUCAGCUUCAUGCCAACGCCUGGAAGGUUUCUUCUGCUUGCAUUGCUCCAGUAAAUCUUCCCAUUAUAGACCCAUGUGAAGUGAACCAGCACAAUGUCUACUACGCAUCCCAGUGCGAGGUUCUCGUGGGAAGUGCGUUCGCUCCUUGUCACGGUUACAUCAGCCCAAACAUCUACCAGCAGCAGUGCCGCUAUCAGGCCUGCCUCUGUGGGAGCAGCUGCAUGUGCACAGCCCUGGCCCACUACACUUACCUGUGCUCUAAACACGGAGUCAACGUUGACUUCAGAGCUCAAGUCUCCGAGUGUGGUAUGGUAUGUCUUGGAGGUAUGCUGUACCACUCGUGUGUGUCGUACUGUGGCCGGUCCUGUCGAGGGCUGUCCAGUUCUGAGACGUGUGUCCCGGACGACUGCGCAGAGGGGUGUGGCUGUCCAGAAGGCAGUUACUAUGAUGAUGUUCGCCAGCGCUGUGUGCAGCUGUCACAAUGUCACUGUUACUCCAUGAACGGCGUGUCGCAGCCGGGCGAGGUGACCUUCAGUGCAUCAGGACCUUGCCUGUGCCGAAAUGGGAAGCUGGAGUGUGAGCCAGAGGAAAAAGAGCCGGAUAGCGUAGAGGUCGGGGAGUGUCCGGAGGGAAAGGUGUACCACAGCUGCAUUGAGCAAAGAGGAGGCGUGGCCUGUGCCCCGACCUGCCGUAACCUGAUGUUGAACCUCACCUGCCCACCCAAUACGCCGUGCAUACCUGGCUGUGUCUGCCCUCCUGGGCUGGUGCUGCAUCAGGGGGAGUGCUACUAUCCAGAGAAUUGUCCCUGUGCCUGGCUCGGACUGGAGUAUCUGCCUGGACAAAGUGUGGAAACACCUUGCUAUAAAUGUGUGUGCCAUCGCGGCUUUUUCAACUGCAGCUAUUCUCCAUGUCCAGCUGUGUGCACAGCUUACAGUGACAGACACUAUCAUACCUUCGAUGGUCUUGAAUAUGACUACUACUCCGACUGUCAGGUCUACCUGCUGAAAAGCAUCGGAGACACCGAAGUGUCCAUUGUGGCCCAAAACAAGGACUGCUAUGAGAGUGGCAUUGUUUGCAUGAAAAUACUGGUCAUCCACGUGGGGCUGACCAAGAUCUACUUCACAGACAACUCCGGCAAUCCUAGCCCCUCCACCGUCGUGGGUCGAGAGUCCGAGUUUGAGCUCUGGAAAGCAGGUUACUACACCGUUGUCCAUUUCUCCAGCCAGGAUCUCACCAUCCUCUGGGACCGAAAGACAACCGUCCACAUCCGAGCUGGACCUCAGUGGAAGGGUCGCUUCAGUGGGCUGUGUGGAAACUUUGACAGUGUGACGGUGAACGACAUGACCACAUCCAGCCACAUGGAAGUCAAUAACGCUCAGACGUUUGGAGACAGCUGGGCUCUGGGACAGUGUGAAAGUGACUACAUAGUUGAGCGGCCGUGUGAAGGCGACUUGGGAAGACAGCCGUACGCCAAACGGGAGUGCGCUCUUCUCUACAGCGAUGUCUUUGCACCCUGUCAUAACGUGGUUGACGUGGCCUGGUUUUAUAGAAACUGUCUGACAGACACGUGCAAUUGUAACCGUGGGGGAGACUGUGAGUGUCUCUGCACGUCUAUUGCUGCAUAUGCACACAAGUGCUGUCAACAGGGGGUCACGAUACACUGGAGAUCCCCCUCUGUUUGUCCCUAUGACUGUGAAUACUACAAUCAAGAACUAGGUGAUGGCCCAUUUUCCUUGGUGAGCGCUGCCUUUAACGACACCAUGUUUGGAGCGAAUCGCACCAGCAGCUCCGUCUUUCCACUAGUCAGGGAACGACCCGGUCAGCUGCCCCCACCAGGCCUGCUGUUCAACUUCAUGAUCACCCCAGGCCUGCAGAAGGACAGGAGCUCACGUGUCUCUGUGGUGUCACUCGAGUCUGCAGAGAGACCCAACUAUUUCCUUGCAGUGUCGGGGCGCAGCCGCCUUCAGCUGGAGCACUGGAGUCGAGGGGCCGAGUUCAGCCGCAGAGCAACCUUUAUCCAGCAUCAGGGGCUGUUUCUGCCAGGAUACACCUCAUUCGAGCUCGUCAGCCAGCCUGGAAUCUUUCUGACACUCACUCGGUCGGCUGCACGAGCCCAGAGAUACGAAUCCUCCGAGGGCUUCAAAGCCAGCAGCAGCUUCACAUUAGAGGAGAGCUCUUUCAUAAUCCCAUACCGUAUGAUGUGCGAGUGGCGCUACCAGGCCUGUGCAAGUCCCUGUGUUCACACAUGCAGCGAUCCAGAUGCCACCCGCUGUCAGUUCCUGCCUCAUGUGGAGGGCUGCUUCCCACGCUGUCCGAAAAACAUGGUCAUGGACGAAGUCACGAGACGAUGCGUCUACAAGGAGGACUGUGUAUCCCUUCCGCCAACUCCAACACCUUUUGCCUAUGUGGUGCGGUCCAACAGAACUACUCCAAUAGCAACCACUACUAUGACCUCUACUACGACCUUGAGGCCAACAACCACAACCCCCUCCAUGCCAACAACUACCUCCACCACCUCUACCACUCCAAGCACAACUGUGACUACUGAACUUCAGACUUCACCCACCACUACUGCUCCUCCAACCACCAUUCCUACCACUACCACUCCUUCAACCCCCCCAGAACCGACCACUCUCAGCACCACAGAGAUGACCUCCACCCAGACCACCAUUUUCACCUCCACCGCAGAGCCCACCACAUCUCAUCCACCCCCCACCACAUCUCCUUCCACUACACCCAUGUCCACCACCCUGCAAACGACCACCCUGCCGCCGACCACUUCCUCCACCACCUCCCCACCGCCAACCACUGCAAUGACCACCCACCCCACCUCCACCGAAGCUCCCACCACCCCACCGCCAACAUCGCCGGACGUACCUACCACCACCGCAGUGGAGACAACCACAGCUCCACCUCCGACGACUGUCGAGACCACUUCAGUGAGCACAGAGAUACCCACCACCGCUCAAACCACAGAAGAAGCAUCGACGACACCUCCAUUCCUCUUUCCUUCAACUCCAUGCACACCUCCGUUCUCACACCGGAUCGAUGAGUGCGCCGAGCUGAUCUGUUUUAACGGAGAGCUGCUGCUUCACAACUCCACCCUCCACUGUCGCUACAACACCACCCCGCCGCAGUGCAGCCUGCUGGGCCUGCCCAUUCUUCUCAACACAGACCCCUGUUGUCCGCAGUGGCAGUGCCCAUGUCGCUGCACCGUGAUGUCAGACCUGCGUGUGAUCACAUUCGAUGGCAAUAAUGUGGCGCUGUAUGACAAUGGCUCUUACAUUUUGGUUAGCCUGCCCAGAGAGACUAUCAUUGGUGUUGUAGAAAAAUGUCCAACUAGUCAGAGUGUGAACUCCAUCAGGCGACCUAGUCCGACAGGUGGAACAUCCGGCCUCUGCUUUAAGAAGCUAAACAUCACCACCUCCUCCUACAGGAUCAUCAUAAACCGACUCGACCGCAAGGUGACUGUAAACUACAGACCCGUUAAGCUGCCAUUCUCUCGUCACUCGGUGUACGUGGAGGACACCGGCAGCAUGUACUUGAUCAACACCCCUGGCAGAGUCAGCAUUCAGUGGUAUCAUAGCACUGGGAUUAUGGUGCUGCAGUACCUAGCUCCUACUUAUGCGUCUGUUCCCACUCGAGGGCUGUGUGGUUGUUGUGACGGAAACCCAGAAGACGACCUGAAGCUGCCCAACGGCACGGUGGUCAGAGAGGUGGGGGACAUGAUGCUGUUUCUGCAGGCGUGGAGAGUCCAGACCACCGAUGAGACCGAACACACGCGCCGCGUCGGAGACAACUGCACCAUUGGGGACUGCUCCACCUGUCUGUCCAUGCUCCGCCAGAGAGCUUUCACGCCUUGUCAUAGCAAGGUGCCCCCGGAGCAGUUCUGCGACAUCAUGUGGGCAGGAGACUUGCAUUACAAGGAUCACCAGUGUGACUUUCUGGCAGCCUACGUUGCAGUCUGCUACACGCAUCAAGUCUGCAUCAGCUGGAGGCGACACAACUUCUGCCCAUUGAGAUGUCCUCCUGGUAAAGUGUACGAGCCCUGUGUGAGCACCUGCACCAGCCGCACGUGUCUGAACAGAGACUACUAUGAGGAGACUACGUGCUCGUUUGUCAGAGAGGAGUGUGUGUGCCGCAGUGGAACCAUCCUGCACCGUGCUGACUCUCCUUAUUGUGUGACAGAAGACCGGUGUGUCUGCACAGAUAAUGAAGGGAACCCCAGGGCCCCUGGAGAGGUUUGGAACGGCUCCGCUCGAGGCUGCUGUUUGUAUAAAUGCAUGGAGAAUGGCUCUGUGGUUGCUGUGGAGCCGGACUGCAGCGCUGUACCCACACCACUGUGUGAGAGGGAGGGAGAGUAUGUGCUGGAUGUGCUGGAAGAAGGACACUGUUGCCCAAAGAAGAUCUGUGAGUGCAACAUGACCAUCUGUGACAGUGAAGCUCCACCUUGUGAUAACGGCAACAAGCUAGUUAUCGGUUACAGUGCUCUCUCCUGCUGUCCAGAGUAUCGCUGUGAGUGCGACCCCAUGGCAUGUCCUCCUGUCUCAUACCCCGAAUGCAGGGAAGAUCAAUUCCUUGUUGAGGUCAGGGGUCAAAAAUCCUGCUGCUACUCUUACCUGUGCGUGUGUGAGUCAUGUGUUGACCCAGUUCCAACUUGCUCACAAGGAGAAAUCCUGGCUGUUGAUCUAAACAGCACCAACAGGUGCUGCCCGCAGUACUAUUGUGUGUGUGAUGUAAAUCAAUGCCCUGAAUCCUUUGUGAGCUGCGCUCCCGGACUCUCUCUGGUUCAAACUACUCUUCCUGGCCAGUGCUGCCCUCAGCAUCACUGCGAAUGCCAAUGCGAGGACACGCCCUCCCCCAUAUGUUCAGUGGGGGAAGUGCUGGUUGAAAUUCCAGACAGCAGCACCAACUGUGGCUGUCCUCAGCACACAUGCAAGAAGGCUGAAGUGUGCCUAUUCCAAGGGGUGACGAUUCUAGGUCCAGGCCAGUCCCUGGUUCAGUAUUUUGAAGGAGAACUUUGCUACACGGUUCAAUGCCUGCGUAACAAAGAUCCAGAAACUGGGUUCUACGCCAUGGAGAUCACAUCUGUAAACUGCUCCCAGAAAUGCGGAACUCACCAGAUUUACUCACCAUCCACGGAUCCUCAGGUUUGCUGCGGCUCCUGUAAAAAUGUGUCCUGCACUUACACCAACGACAACGGGACGGCGGAGCUUUUCACCGCAGGGAGCUCCUGGGUGGAGAACUGUACACGCUACGACUGCGUGGAGACAUCGGUGGGAGCGGUAAUACUCGCCUCCGGAGUGAUCUGUCCUCCGUUUAAUGACACCGACUGUAUUCAGAGUGGAGGUGUUGUUCAAAGCUAUGUGGACGGUUGCUGCAAGACUUGCAAAGAGGAUGGUAAGACAUGCAAGCGUGUGGCGAUCCGAACCACCAUCAGAAAAGACGACUGCCGCAGCAAUGCUCCAGUUACGGUGUAUUCUUGCGAUGGAAAAUGCCCAUCUGCCACCAUAUUUAACUUUAACAUCAACAGCCACGCCAGGUUCUGUAAGUGCUGCCGUGAGAGCGGAUUACAGACCCGCACGGUCAGCCUCUACUGCUCUCGCAACGCCACAGUGGUGGAGUACAACUUCCAAGAGCCUCUGGACUGUUCCUGCCAGUGGAACUGAAACCGCUUGAAAUAGUUUGAAUGAAAAUAGAAGGGACGUCUGAAUGAAUGGGCUUUGAGGGAGGGUGUCUUUGCAUCGGAGCAUAAUGGACAUGCAUAAAAACCAGCCAUGUUUUUUUUUUUCUUUACUUUUUUUAGCACGCUCUUUCUACUCCACCAUCUGUGGGUCAUAGUUGUUCCUGCAAAAUGCAAAAAAAGUAAAAAAAAAUGUUUGUUUUACCAGGAAUUUUUAAAGACGGUUUCUAUAGCUAGUUUUAUAGUCUUAUUUUAAAAUGUUAGCAUCUCUAGAGUACUAUACAGUAUAUUAAUGUAACAGAUUUUAUUGUUUCAAAAUGUUUUGUUAUGCCUUCAAACACAGAAUGUGCUUGAAUUUGUCAAAAACAAAUUGCUUUUGCUUUGUUUCAUUAGAGAAGCUGCACUGCUUUGCUGUUUUUUUAAGUAAAACAUUUUAAUAAAAGGUUUCAAUGUG